AUGGGCGAGCCGAAAAAAUGGAGUUUCAGACCCAGGUUGAGUUUUAUCACCGCGCAUUAUUUGUAUAUUGUUAGCAUCAUUAUACUUGGCUCGGUGAUAAUAUAUCCCAUGAAGAACAUGGCGUAUAUUGAUGCGUUGGUGUUUGCCAGUGGAAGUGCUACGCAGUCAGGUAUAAAUACAGUCGACGUCAACACUAUCAAGCUUUAUCAGCAAAUUGUGAUGUAUAUUGUGCCCUUGAUUACAACCCCAAUAUUUAUCAACACAUUCGUCGUUUUUGUAAGGUUGUACUGGUUUGAAAAGCGCUUCGAGAAUAUUGUCGCACUUAGUCGACAACCCUCAAGAGCUAAAACUGGUCGCUCAACUGGCACUCUAUUCUCACCCACAGAAGAUGUUGAUCGUGAGGAACGCGGUGUCCGUGGCCGCGAAAUCAAGGUUCUCCAUAGCGAAUCCCGUGCACCGUCUCCAGACAAGCCAACCCCGGGGGUUGAGGCAGAACGGACUUCUACAGAAACCACUCAAGUUACUCCGGAAUUUCCUACGCUUGCGCCGGAAGGAUUCUCACCUAUGGAUUCGCGGGGUUCGUUUAUGGGGCAACAAGGGAGGGAUCGUACGCCUAGCCGAGGGUCCUCCUCAACUGAAGGGCCCCAGAGGAACCAAGAAAAUGGAAACAUUCAAUUCGUCAACCUUCCAUCACCGCAGCCCAGAACAAAUGAUCCGGGAAGCUUAAGUGCUCCCCACAUUGCUUUCGCAGAGAAUCGACGUGCCCCGAGUUCCGGAAAAGCGCUGAGAAUUCCCGGACCGAGAGAGUUUGAGCAGGGUGAUCGUGCCCACGAGGUUGAUGAGGAUGAUGAUGCGAAUACGCUCCACCGUGCCCGCACCACCGGUGAUACGGAUUAUGGACGCUCGGGUGCAUACGAUGUUCCUGCGUCCCGGACUAUCUCUUUAGGAAAUGCUGCUACAAAUGGAUCUAACAACAUGCGCAUGCGUCGCGUCUCCACUACGGUUGACAGAUUCUUACCCCGUGCUUCGACGGUUGAACGUGUAAUGACUAGUGCUUUUGCUAUGGGCCCCCACCCCCGAAAACGGAAUAUGAGCCCGCUUUCACGGUUCUCUAGAAAAGCAGCCAAGGAACCCCCCGUUAUGCCAUAUCUGAGUUAUCAGCCGACAUUGGGAAGGAAUUCAAAUUUCGUGGAUUUGACUGAUGAACAGAGGGACGAAUUGGGGGGUAUCGAGUACAGGAGUUUGAAGUUACUGGCAAGAGUAUUGGUGGGAUACUAUGUGUUCUUCCACCUCUUUGGGGUUGUUUGCUUUAUCCCCUGGAUUAAUACUAUGACUCGUUACAAGGACUAUGUCAAAUCUGUUGGUGUGAAUCCGACCUGGUGGGCGAUCUACACCUCACAGACGGCGUUCAAUGAUCUAGGAUUCACACUCACUCCAGACUCCAUGGUGUCCUUCCAGCAGGCAACUUUCAUCCUUAUCGUCAUGUCCUUCCUCAUUGUAAUUGGCAACACCGGGUUUCCCUGUCUGCUCCGUCUUAUCAUAUGGCUUGGCUUCAAGGUCUGCCCGGAAGGCUCUUCAUAUCGCGAGUGCCUCAACUUUCUUCUCGAUCACCCCCGCCGUUGCUUCACGCUCCUCUUCCCCUCGGGCACAACCUGGAUGCUCUUCUGGAUGCUUGUUUUCCUUAAUGUCUCCGAUGUGAUUCUCUUCAUUGUCCUAGACCUUAAAGAUAAAGACGUCACUGAUAUCCCUGUUGGUUCUCGUAUCAUGGGUGCCAUAUUCCAAGCCGCGAGCACAAGAACCUCAGGAACAAGUGUUGUCAACCUCGCAGAACUCCACCCUGCCAUCCAGGUCAGCUAUAUGGUCAUGAUGUACAUCUCCGUCUUUCCCAUCGCCAUCUCCGUCCGUAAAACCAAUGUCUAUGAAGAAAGCUCCCUUGGUAUUUAUGCCAACGGCGACGAGGAAGACGAGGCCGCGAAUGGUAAGACCAGUUUCGUCGGCGCACAUUUGCGGAAACAGUUGUCCUUCGAUUUAUGGUACAUCUUCCUGGGGCUCUUCAUCAUCACAAUUGCAGAGGGUAGCCAUAUUGAGAAUAAUAGUGACUACGCAUUCACGACAUUCGCAAUCCUAUUCGAGGUCGUCUCAGCCUACGGUACCGUUGGACUGUCCCUAGGCUAUCCUGGAUUUAAUACUGCCUUCACUGGCCAAUUUUCUGUCGUUUCCAAGCUCGUAAUCGUCGCUAUGCAGAUACGUGGGCGUCAUCGUGGUCUUCCUUACGAGCUUGACCGCGCCAUCCUUCUACCAAGCGAGAGCCUCCAUAAGAACGAAGCAGCAGAUGCGCAGAAGCGCGCAUUGAGACGGAGAGGUAGCUCGUUUAGUCAGGUUGGACGGCCGAUGACAGGGAACAGAAGCUUUAUGAGCCAGGCUAUAGCGGAUGAUUAG